CCAGGGGCACCCAGGGCAGCCUCUGGGUCACACAGCUGGGAGCACACACGGACCUGUCUGGGACCAUGGGACCCUACCAGCUUUGUGUGAGGCUCAGCGCUAUAGCUUGCUUCCUCCUGCUGCUUGUCAUCCCAGGACUGGGCCAGGACUCCACAAGCCCCAUCAGGACCACGCACUCUGGGCAGGUGCGAGGAAGCCUGGUCCACGUGGAAGGCACCGACGUGGGAGUCCACACCUUCCUGGGCAUUCCCUUUGCCAAGCCACCUCUGGGGCCACUGCGCUUUGCACCUCCUGAACCUGCCGAAGCUUGGAGUGGAGUGAGGGAUGGCACCUCCCAUCCAGCCAUGUGUCCACAGGACCUUGCUAUAAUGGAAAAGGAUGUAGUGGAUACAACAUCGACCCUGCUGUCCAUGCCCAUGUCCGAGGACUGCCUCUACCUCAGCAUCUAUGCACCUGCCCAUGCCCAUGAGGGCUCCAAGCUGCCUGUGAUGGUGUGGAUCCACGGGGGUGGGCUGGUUAUAGGCACGGCAUCAAAUUAUGACGGCUCUGCCCUGGCAGCCUUUGAGGACGUGGUGGUGGUCACCAUCCAGUACCGCCUCGGCAUCCUGGGAUUCUUCAGCACCGGAGACCAGCACGCCAGUGGCAACUGGGGCUACCUGGACCAAGUGGCUGCACUGCGCUGGGUGCAGCAGAACAUUGCCCACUUUGGAGGCAACCCUGACCGGGUCACCAUAUUUGGAGAGUCUGCUGGUGGUGUAAGCGUGUCCUCACAUGUAUUGUCACCCAUGUCGCAAGGACUCUUCCAUGGAGCCAUUAUGCAGAGUGGGGCGGCCGUGAUGCCUGGCUUCAUUGCCAGCUCAUCUGAGAUGAUCUCCUCGGUGGUGGCCAACCUGUCUGGCUGUGGCCAGGUGGACUCUGAGACCCUGGUGAGCUGCUUGCGUGCCAAGAGUGAAGAGGAGAUGCUGGAGAUGACCAAGGCCUUCAAGGUCAUCUCUGCGGUGGUGGAUGGCAUCUUCCUGCCCAGACACCCCUAUGAACUGCUGGCCUCUGCUGACUUCCAACCUGUCCCCAGCAUCAUUGGUGUCAACAAUGAUGAGUACAGCUGGAUCCUCCCCAAGUUCUUGGAAACCAGAGACCUCCAGAAGGAAAUGGACAGAGCAGCAGUGGAGAUGCUAAUACAUCAAAAUUCUGAGGAAUGGAUGCUGCCUCCUGGCAUAGAGGAGCCAUUGGUAAAUGAGUACCUGGGGGACAAUAAGCACCCAAAAACCCUUAUGGCUCAGUACCAGGAGAUGAUGACUGAUGCCCUCUUCGUGAUGCCUGCGCUCCACGUCACACAUUUUCAGCGUUCCCAUGCUCCUGUCUACUUCUAUGAGUUCCAGCAUUCGCCCAACUUCAUGAAGGACUUACGGCCGCCCUCCGUGAAGGCUGACCAUGGCGAUGAGCUUUUCUUUUUCUUCAGAUCCAUUUUCUUUGAGACAAAAGUGACUCUCACUGAGGAGGAGGAGCUGCUGAGCAGGAGAAUGAUGAAGUACUGGGCCAACUUUGCUCGCACUGGGAACCCCAAUGGCGAGGGCCUGCCACACUGGCCCGUCUUGGACCAGGAGGAGCAGUAUCUGCAACUGAGCACACAGCCUGCAGUGGGCCGGGCCCUGAAGGCCCACAGGCGUCAGUUCUGGAUCAAAUAUCUCCCCUCAGAUAUACAGGAAUUGAUGGGGACUGAGCAAGGGCACACAGAGCUGUAGCUGCUCAUGUCUAAUGGGUGACCCUGGCUCCACACACGGGCUGUCACUCAGCUGCCCUCCAUGUCUUUUGGCACACCAUUGUGUAAGACCUGCUGCCCAGAGUUCCCUGCCCUGAAUACUCUGGAUGUCCUGUGCCAGUUGUACUCAACACCACCCCUGUGAGGCUGCGCCCAUCAGAAACCCACCUUCCUCAUCUCGCACUGGCCCUGGGCCCCUCCUGCCCUCACACCUCCUGCUCCACCUGUCUGUUAUCCUCCCAGCCCUAGUUC